AUGCGCUUUGCAAGAAAAUGUUGUGGCCUCAGCUGUUCCCCGGUACAUCUUGCUGGACCUGCUGCGAUUCGCAAUGGAUGGGAUAAUCGUGCUGAAAAAAUGCUCGAAGAUAUCGAUUAUCGAGCAUUACAACGUGCGAAUAGUCAACAAUCGUUGGAAAAAACAGCCUCAGCCGGAACUUUUGGCCAGCUGCAACUAGUGUGUCCGGAUAUCGUGGAUGAAUGCCGACUCUGCUUCACGCCUUACUCAUCUCUGCACUCGCAUCGCUCGUCGGCAUCGCCGGCCUCGGCCAUCGGCGAUUCAUCCUCAUGCGAAAUGCAGUCGUUCACAUUCUGGUUCGAGCCCCCUGAGUUCAUCGAUCGAGGCUUCUCCGAUUUGACUAAAUACGAACAGUAUUGGAAAAUGAAACACAAAAUUUUCUCGUACUGCGCUACGCAAGGCUAUCGUCCAUAUAUGGAGGACAGGAUGCACUAUAUGUACGAUCCGAACAUGAAUCUAUCCAUAUUUGGAAUUUUUGACGGCCAUGGAGGAAUGGCUGUUUCCCAUUACCUCGAGUCAAAUUUUGCUAAGUCUAUACGUGAACGUCUGCUUCGACAAGAGACCCGGCGGAGGCUCAGUAUUGAAGGGAUGCUUGAUUUAAGAGAUCCUAUUGAAGAGAUGUUUGUUCGAGAGGUGCUCCGGUUGGACGAUACUCUUUCGCAGCUCAGCUCCGUUUGCACUUCUCUGACAGGAUCAACUAUGAUAGCUGCCAUCAUGGAAGCCAACCGAUACCUAAGUGUGAUAAAUGUAGGUGACUCUCGAGCAGUUGCAUGUGACUUGAAAAAUCAAAUGGUAUCUCUCAGCAAGGAUCACAAGCCAAAUGAUCCAAUCGAAAGGAAACGGAUUGAAAAUGCAGGCGGCUAUGUCUCCUUCGAAAAUGGAACUUACAGGGUCCAAGGGAUAUUAGCAGUAUCCAGGUCGUUCGGUGAUACGAUGCUGAAGCGGCUCGGUGUUCUCACAGUAAAUCCAGAUGUUCUUCGCAUAGAUCUCGGUACAGAUCCACUCAAAUUCCUAAUCGUGGGAACUGAUGGAUUUUGGGACGUGGUGUCCAGUCAAGAGGCGGUGAAGCUGGCCAACGACUACUUGACGUCGCACGACAAACGAGACUGGCAUCGAAUUUCUACAUUUCUUGUACAAAUCGCUUUACGUCGUCAUACUCUCGACAACAUUUCCGUUCUUUUCAUCAAACUUCUCUGAUCUCAUAAUGCACUUAUUGCUCAAAACAGCCUCCAUAAACGAGUCGCUAUGAAUCUCUCAAAUACUUUCUAAUGAAAUAA